GUAUCUUGAUGUUAAUUCAAUAAUCAAUAUCCUGUUAAAAAUGGUUGAAAGCGUCCUCGACGAUAUCUCCCACCGGAGAUAUAAUCCUCUUCGUGGAGCCUAUGUUCUGGUCUCUCCCCACCGUACUAAACGUCCCUGGCAAGGCGCCCAAGAAACACCCUCCAAGACAACCCUGCCUGACUAUGACGCUACCUGCUACCUUUGCCCUGGUAACAAGCGCGCACAGGGAGACCACAACCCCAAAUACGAAAAGACUUUUAUCUUCGUCAAUGACUACAGCGCGGUCAAGGAGGAACAAGCGCCCUACCACCCAGAAGCCGGAACCGAGACCGAAUCAUUCUUUCUGCGCGCCGACCCGGUCACCGGAAAAUGCUACGUGCUCACCUUCUCCGCCGCCCACAACCUAACCCUAGCGGACCUCUCACCGGUCGAGAUCGUCCCCGUCAUCAACGCCUGGACAGACGUCUACAUCGCGCAUUUGUCCCCAAGCAGCCCCCUUGCCGCCGCCGCCUCCAAACUCACCAUUUCCUCUGGCUCUCCUGCAGCAAGCCUCGCCAAACCAAAUGAACAGUACCGAUACAUGCAGAUCUUCGAGAACAAGGGCGCGGCAAUGGGCUGCUCGAACCCGCACCCGCACGGCCAGAUCUGGACAACCAGUUCUCUCCCUGAAGAGCUCGCUGCCGAACUGGAACAGAUGAAGAAGUAUCGCCGCGAACAUAAUGGGGGACACAUGCUGGCCGACUAUGCCGCGCUCGAGAGCAAGAAGCAGGAACGCGUAGUCUUUGAGAACGAUGCAUUCCUGGUCGUUUGUCCCUGGUGGGCUAUCUGGCCGUUUGAGACUAUGAUCAUUAGCAAGACGCACAAGCGUGCUCUUGUUGAUCUCGAUGACAAUGAAAAGGCGCAGCUUGCGGAGGCGAUUGCUGAAGUUACUAGGCGGUACGAUAACCUCUUUGAGACACAUUUCCCGUACAGUAUGGGGAUUCACCAAGCUCCCUUGGAGGGGUCUGAGGAGGAGAUUGAGGCGUCAUAUCUGCAUCUGCAUUUCUAUCCGCCAUUAUUGAGGAGUGCAACGGUGAGAAAGUUCUUGGUUGGUUAUGAGUUGAUGGCUGAGCCUCAGCGCGAUAUCACCCCCGAGCAGGCGGCCGCAAGGUUACGGGGUUGUGGGGGUGAGUUAUAUCGGAAGAAGUUGGAUUCCUAGAGGACAUCCCAUGUAGACGUGUAAGUAGUAGUAUGUAACGAUGCGAUAUAAAAAAUAUAUAAAAAAAGAGGUGGAUGACGCGCAUGAGUAGUCAUCU